CUUAGCUCAGUGUUAAACAUCCACCGUGUGGCUCUGCCGGGCUCUGAGAUGACAAUAGGGAGCAUGGAGAACGUGGAGGUGUUCACUUCUGAGGGCAAGGGCAGGGGUCUGAAGGCCACAAAGGAGUUCUGGGCUGCGGACAUCAUCUUCGCCGAGCGGGCUUACUCUGCAGUGGUUUUCGACAGCCUCGUCAACUUUGUGUGCCACACCUGCUUCAAGAGGCAGGAGAAGCUCCACCGCUGCGGGCAGUGCAAGUUUGCCCACUACUGUGACCGAACCUGCCAGAAGGACGCUUGGCUGAACCACAAGAACGAGUGUUCGGCCAUCAAGAGAUAUGGGAAGGUGCCCAAUGAGAACAUCAGGCUGGCGGCGCGCAUCAUGUGGCGGGUGGAGAGAGAGGGCACGGGGCUCACGGAAGGCUGCCUGGUCUCCGUGGACGACUUGCAGAACCACGUGGAUCACUUCGGGGAGGAGGAGCAGAAGGAGCUGCGGGCGGACGUGGACACGUUCUUGCAGUACUGGCCGCCGCAGAGCCAGCAUUUCAGCAUGCAGUACAUCUCGCACAUCUUUGGAGUGAUCAACUGCAAUGGUUUCACUCUUAGUGAUCAGAGAGGCCUGCAGGCUGUGGGUGUGGGCAUCUUCCCCAACCUGGCCUUGGUGAACCACGACUGCUGGCCCAACUGCACCGUCAUAUUUAACAACGGCAAUCAUGAGGCAGUGAAAUCCAUGUUUCACACCCAGAUGAGAAUUGAGCUCCGGGCCCUGGGCAAGAUCUCGGAAGGGGAGGAGCUCACUGUGUCUUAUAUCGACUUCCUCAACGUCAGCGAGGAGCGCAGGCGGCAGCUGAAGAAGCAGUACUACUUCGACUGCACCUGCGAGCACUGCCAGAAAGGGCUGAAGGAUGACCUCUUCCUGGGGGUGAAGGACAACCCCAAGCCCUCUCAAGAAGUGGUGAAGGAGAUGACCGAGUUCUGCAAGGAUACACUGGAAAAAAUAGACAAGGCGCGCAGCGAGGGUUUGUAUCAUGAGGUUGUGAAGUUAUGCCGGGAGUGCCUGCAGAAGCAGGAGCCAGUGUUUGCCGACACCAACCUCUACACACUGCGGAUGCUGAGCAUUGUGUCUGAGGUCCUGUCCUACCUCCAGGCCUUUGGGGAGGCUGCAGACUAUGCCAAGAGGAUGGUGGAUGGCUAUAUGAAGCUCUACCACCCCAACAAUGCCCAACUGGGCAUGGCCGUGAUGCGGGCAGGGCUGACCAACUGGCACGCUGGCAACAUUGAAGUGGGGCACGGGAUGAUCUGCAAAGCCUACGCCAUUCUCCUGGUGACACAUGGACCCUCCCACCCCAUCACCAAGGACUUAGAGGCCAUGCGGGUGCAGACGGAGAUGGAGCUGCGCAUGUUCCGCCAGAACGAGUUCAUGUACUACAAGAUGCGCGAGGCUGCCCUCAACAACCAGCCCAUGCAGGUCAUGGCUGAGCCCAGCAACGAGCCAGCCCCAGCUCUGUUCCAUAAGAAGCAAUAAGGACCCUCCAGGUUGAGGCUGGGGGGCAACAUGGCUGGGGAACUGAGGAGCGAUUCUGGAGGUGGUGGGUCUUUGGGAAGACCCUUGAUGAAGAAGUCAGGGUGACAUGCGAUCUUCUUGCUGUGAGAGUGUCUUGUCUUGUGUUCCCAUUGUCAUUUUGGUUCAGUUCAAUUCAUUUCAAUGUAAUGUAACUCUCUCAAUCUAGCCCAGCUCCUCCUACAAAUAUUUAUUGGAUGCUAGACCCUAACAUCCAACAAAGGGUGCUCUGAAUGUAGUGGGGUAGCGAGGCAAACUGUCAACAAACAAUGAAAGCACCAGGUGAUAAAUGCAGUGGCAAAUUAUACUGGAGAGAGAGGGGCUGGCCAAGAAUGUGUGCGUCUGGUGUGUGUAUGUGAGUGGUGUGGAGUGGCGUGGAGAGGAAGACGUCAGAGCUGAGGAUGGCAGGUGUGUGUGUCCUCACGCGGCUUCUCCCAUCCGUGCAGGUGUCUCUCAGGCUGCUGGUCUUGCCCGUGGUCUGAGAUAUUCAGGAUUUUGCUGCCUACAAUGGCAACGUCCAGUGUCCUCAUGUUAGUGUCAUGUUAUGAAGAAGGCACUGUGUUUGGGCCAGUUAGGUUCUUUUCAGAGAACCAAGACCUCAGCAGAGUGUUGCAUGUGCAGAAAGAGCUGAGGGCCUUGCCCAGGACACCUGAGGCCUGCAUUCGAAGUCUGGGUUCCAAGUCUACUUCUAGAAGGCAGAGAGAGGGAAUGCCUCCCCUUCCUCACCCUCACUCUGAUCCUUGUGACUCCCUGGGUUGUGGACAACGUUUGAGAGUUCUCUGGCCAUGGGCCUAGUAGGGUUGCAGAGGUCUUUCCAGGGUGAAGCUGGGCGGAAACACAUGCAGCUGCUGACCAUGGCUCUAGAGGGUUGGCCUGUGGGGGUUUUAUUUGGUGACAUGGGCUUGGGUGUUGCUGGCCAGCUUGGGCUUCAUCCCUGGCCCGUGGCAGCUCCAUCCUUAGUACUGAAUUGUUAUUGCUUCCUCGCCUUCCCUUCUUCUCACUGGAAGGAACACUCUGAUCUGGACUCUUGUACACCUCAGUGAGGGUAUUUUCAGAGAUGUGACCAAUUUAUCCUCAUUACCUUGGGGGCUCUUGUCAAUGUUUUGGGGGGUCCUUGAGCAGAGCCCUUCAAGGAGCAGUCACUAGCCCACAGCCUGGGACCACCACUGAUCCCAGAGCUCCAAGUCACGUGAUCCCAUCUGGCCUUAUGCGUUCCUCCCUCCCUACCCUUGCAUCCCCAGAAUGGCCCACCGCCUCCCUCCGUACCCUGCCCAGCAGCUGAAAACUCUUCCAAUGGGCACCCUCUUGGCAGAAUGCCUGUCCCUGACAUUUGAUUCUUCUUUGAGGUCACUGUCUAGAAGUUUUACAGGAAGACUGGCAGUUCUUUCUAAGCGUCCUGAUAGCCCCGAGUUCUCCCAGAAACUCACCUGGCACAUUCACACAGCCACUUUCCACCCUCAUGGAACAUGCCGCCCCUCCCCAGACCUCUCUUCUGCCAUUGCUGUCUGCCAGUCCACGGCUCAUCCCUCCCUGCUUAGGGUCUUUUUCCCAUCCCAUCUUUCUACAUUGUGUUGUGUAUAAGGAACUGUUCGGUGUCUGCGCUUCUGCUCCCUUCCUCCCCACUGAGCCCAGAGGACUGAGGGUCCCUCUCCCCAUGUUCUGGGCCUCUUCUCCUCCUGUGUCCUCAAAACCUUGCUCCAUCUCCUAUUCCUCCUCCAUCCCAGAUCUCUGACGUUUGUCCCACUGCUGGCCUUUGAUGGAGUCAGUAAGCACACUGAGGACUCUGGGGGAACACCUUCACAGCUGAGGGUUUUUUUUUUUUUUUUUUUUUAAGAUUUAUUUAUUUGAGAGGAAGAGUUACAGAGAGUGGGAGAGGUAGAGAGAGAGGUCUUUCAUCUGCUGGUUCACUCCCCAAAUGUCUGGGGCUGGGCUGAUCUGAAGCCAGGAGUCAGGAGCUUCUUCUGGAUCUCCCACAUGGGUGCAGGGUCCCAAGAAUGUGGGUCAUCCUCUGCUGAUUUCCCAGGCUAUAGCAGAGAGCUGGAUCAGAAGUAGAGCAGGUAGGACUUGAACCGGCGCCCAUACGCGAUGCCAGUGCUGCAGGCAGAGGCUUAACCGACCACGCCUCAGCAGCCCCAGAUGAGUAUUUUCAUUAGUUGUGUAAUUAUUCUCUGCCUUUCUUCACUUCCCAUUUCUUCCUGAACCCAUGGCACACAGGCUGCCCCUCCUGCUCCUCCACUAACUGACUCUUUCUGAGAUGGACUCUGCUGGCUCCUUUUCAGUCCUGCCUUGCCACAUCAACUGACACCCUCAGCCCUUGAUUUCUGUGUCCCUACUUCCUUGGGACGGGCCUCUCCUAUGGCUCCUCUGCUUCCUUCAUGGGCACUGUUUCUCUACCUGCCUGUGACACAUUGGCACCUCCUGGAGCUUUGUCCUUGGUCCACGCUCCUCUGACACUGCACACACUCUGCACACCUUAGGCUGGCCCUUGCUUGAUGAGCACCUUAAAGCCAUUGAUCCCCAAAUCUGUACUCCCCAGCCUCGCACUUGAGCGCUAGCCUCUCACACCUUCCCAGGUGUUCUCCAGCACUUCAAACCCCUCACGUCCAAAGUGAAACUUUCUCUUCCCUUUCUCCUGUCUGCUGACAUGUGGUCCUCCUCAGAACACCACCCGAGAACAUCACCUCCUCCAUUAGAUUGUGAGCUCCUGGAGGGUGGGAGCUGUGUCCCCUCGCUCAUCUUUCUGUCCCCAGCACCCAGCACAGAUGCUGGAACGCGGCAGGUGCUCCGUAGAUGUGUGUCAACUGAAUGGAUGAAUGAUUUUCCUUAUUUCAGCGCAGAGCCAGGAAACUGUGUAUUUUGAGUUUUUAUGUUAUAGCAGUUAACAAAGCCCAUUAAAUCCUCUGUGUUUCCAAGCAAA